AUGGGAGAAGCCCCUGCUGAACUGGAAGUUAUCGAUGAACCAGGAAUGCAGGUAGAGGAAAGCUCAACGCAAUGGAAUCCAAUGCCUGCUUCCGAAUUCUUUUCCACGAUCGGAGCUGACAACAAUUUUAAAGUACCAACUCAAUCGAAAUCUAGACCACCAGAGACUAUUCUAAUACCCUCACUAGAGGCAAAUAAUGGACCAGUAAUACCUGUAUACUCAUUCUCCAAGAAAACAACGAAAUACGAAAUUGAGGAAAUUCAAAAAGCGGCAGACAAUGCAUUGAAAGGUAAAAACCCAAAUAUGGAUGAUCCUUACUUUGUUGCCGAGGUUCUCGAGGAGCUUACAUCACGUAGAAUCGAUCUAAUUUCAAAUGGAUACUAUAAAAAGGCUCAGGAAGUUAUCGAUAAGAUAAACGAAAUCAGAAACUUGUUUAAGAAGCAAGACUUUAUAAAAUAUAGAGAAUCUUAUAUCGAAAAUCUCAAAAAUCGAUGUUCGCAACAACAUGAUUACAUAAAGGAGCUCCAAAAGACUUCAAAAGAACGCCUUGAAAACAAGAAAGCAGAAGCGCAACAACAAAUGGACAGAUUGUUUGAACGUCAAGAGCAACAAAGAGAUGCUUUAAUUAGCGACUGGCAAUCACCUGCAAAACUUCGUCAAUUCAACAAACAAAGUCCAGAACUUUUACAAUACAAGUAUCUUGAGAAACUUACAGCUCUUGUUGGAGAUUUGGCUGUUGCCGAAGAAAUGAAACACAAAAACGCCAGAUUAGAGAAAGAAGAAACAGCAGAAAGGUACAGAAUGAUGACAGAUGAAUUCGAAAAGGCCAGAAAGUCCUUAGAUAUUGCUUUAGACCAAGAAUUCAAAAAUAAUCGACAACAAUUACAAAAUGAGAUAGCAAUUGUUGAAGAAAACAACAGAAUAGAGCUAGAAAGAGCCAGAGAAAAGAACAUUUACUUAAAUAAACUACUUAAAGAAGAACAAUUCGCAUUCAGAGAAGCAAAGAAGAAAUUAGACAAAACUCCACGCAUUAUGCCACUUAAUAAUACAAUCCCCAUGCUUCAGAGGACAGGAACUAAUAUAAAUAAAAAGAAUAUGUUCAAAUAUAAUCAAGCGGAUAAAAUUAACUCAAAUCCAUUAAAUUUGCCACCUCUUAUUGUUAAGCCAAAGAAACAGCGAAAGUUGAGUUCAUCUUUUAAAUAA